AGAUGGCUGACCCAAAAUGGAAUACGCAUUUGAGACCCAAACAGUUGCAGGUGGCUGAGAUGCUGUGUCCACGUCGGAAUCGGCUUGCUGCGCGACUUGGUAGUAAAGGCCUCAUUACAAGAGACGAGGAGGACAGUUUCAUCAAGUCCACUAAGUCAGAAACGGACUUGGCCAUAGACAUUCUGAUGGUGUUACGUAUGAACGGUGAAGGAUCGUUUGACAAAUGUUGCGAUGUACUGCUGGAGACUAAAGAUGACACGUUAAUGGAAAUAGAGAAGUCUCUUCGACCACAUCGUCAAACCAGCAUCGAAAAAACUGGACCUUGCAGUGGAGGCGUUCAUGAGCAAGCAGCAGCACCAGAGGCUACACACUCAGAUGAUGCUGAAUUAACACCUUUCGAACUUAAUAAAGUUGCUGAAAAGCUAGGAUCUCAUUACCAUGAAAUUGCAAUUUAUCUGGGCUUUGACGGCGAAGAGAUUACGCAAUAUGAGCAAGAGUACAAAAAGCUAUAUCGCAUUCUCUUUGCUAUUCUUGACAAAUGGCAGAAAAGGGAACACGCAACAAGGAAAGCACUACUGGAUGCUUGCAAUAAAGCAGGAGUUAGAGGGGCAGCUUACAGGAUUCUUUAUAAAGCUGAGAAACUGCAGUAACUUUUGUUCUGACUGUAACAGUGUAUGUAUGGGUUGUUGUGCUGCAGUAAGUCGACACUAACAGUAGUCGUCAUUUUCACUGCACGUGUGCAAUAAAUCAAACAGGUAUUAUUGCC